UCAAAAAUAUUUUUUAUUAUAAUUACAUAUGCUUUUUAUACAAUUCAUUGCUUGUCAUUUUAGCCAUCAUUUCUUUAUUUGGUUUAAAAUUAGCACAAUUACCCGCUUCAUUUAAAAUAUGUUGUUUGGCCAGUAAAGUACCAUUGAUACUUUCAUUGGAUAAACUAUUUCUAAUUUUAGUCUAAAUUAAGUUUACUUGGCUAAAAAUUCUUUCACAAUCAGCUCUAGAAUGCGGUAAAAUUAAUAAAUUCAAUGAAAAUUGGGAUAUAGACUUAUACCUAAUCUUCAAAAUGUCUAUUAACAUCGCCUCAAAACUUAUCAGGGCUUGUUGUCAAAUUAAUCUUUUUAUAUAAGAAUGAGAUUAAUUAAAUUGUUUAAUACAUGAAAUUUUAAUUGCUCUAUUAUCAUUUUUCAUUGACGUGAACAAAUAAAUAUAAAUUAAUUAUAUUAAAAACGCAUACUAAAUGAACCAGAACCAGAUAAUUGUUGAUUUAUGUCAGCGCGAAAAGCAUUAGCAGAUAAGGAAGGAUUUCUCAAGCUCACAGUGGAAAUAAGUUCGAAAAAUACAAAUUUAAUGCGCAAAACUCCAUCUGACGACACUAAGCUUGCCUGUGUAGGUAUUUGUCUAUGGUCGGCGCAGAUUAAGCACAAGAACCCAAAAAAUACAAUUGUUUUUUUUUGUCAAAUGCUUGUUUUGUUUGUGAAAUACGGCUACAUGUUGUCAACUUUCGGCCCGCUUAGCACCAGUUGGGCAGUGUACUCGUUAGACCAUUUAUAGUCCUAGUGAAAAAAAAUGAUGCAUCAUCACCAUAGAAUUGAUGCUGAGAAUAAUUAAAUUGCUCCUGUACUGUGUAGAGUGCAUGAUCUUCUAUCCUUGUUCAACUUCCUAAACUGUGACUUUGUUUUCUCUUUCACCUGUCCGUAAGCGUUAACGUCACAAAUCCGUUCCAUUGUUGACCUGAAUCUAUGGAACGUUUUCAAGAUUGUUCGCGUCGCUUGAACAGUGAAAAAAAUACACUUUUAUGACCUAAUUGAAACGAAUGCUGAACAUAAAAUGGGUUCAAAGAUACCAGGAAAGUUGAGAAGUCAACGGUUGACGUGUAAAUGUGAUACUUGUGCUCUAGGAUUCAAAAAUGUGCAAGCGUUACGUUCGCACCAAGCCGUUGCCCAUCCGCUGAAGAAAAGGAUUGCAUACCGACCUAAAACCGAAGUUAUAGCCAAAAGGAAGCUUAUACCCCAUAAAAAGGUAAUAAAAGUGGCCCAUAAAAUGAACAAAACAUCCGAAAAUGCUUCGACAAAAAAAUCACAGCCACACAAUUUAUUAAGAAAAUACAACACUAAAACGCCAAUACCUAGUGAAGACGGGAAACAAUCCGAAUUUGAGUGCCCGGUUUGUUCUAAAAUAUUCAAGGUUUACUCCUGGGCUUGGAAACACAUCCAGAAAUAUCAUUGCAUUGACGAGAAAGGGAACCCUGUUUUACCAACAUCGAAAGAUAUAAUCAAGCCAGUUCGUAUAGAACGUUGCAUCGCCUGUAAUGUAUUAAUAAAGUCCGAUGAUCAUACAUGUGGUAUAUCAUUCUCUAACGUUCUGAAGAGCCAGUACUCUUGUCUCGGUUGCAAUCAGCAGUUCAAUACUUUACAUUUGUACGAACUACACAUAGCAGGACUUCACAGUGAAGGAGCUGAGAACCUGUUCUUUCCUGAUGAGGCUGCGUUCUCGGCGUGGCGACAGGACACGGAGAAACGCUGCGAUAUAAAAUACACGACCCUAAGCAAAAUUGAUAAUAUGCAAAUAUAUCACUGCAGUCACAUGAAAUGCGACAGCUCUACGGCCAGCAUGUGCCCGUCUAGCUUCACGAAGCAAGAGUUCAGCAAAGGCAUACAGGUCGUGUACUAUAAAGCUCAUUACGGGCACAUAAUCGAUGAAUACACCCUCCCCGAGGAGUUCAAGAAGUACUCAAUAAGCUCACUGUUGAGAGAUACGGAUUGUUACACCGUGCUGAGCGUCGACUGUGACUCGGACGACCUCAGCGUGCAAUUCAAGAGGUUAAUGGACACUAUUUUGGGUAAAUCGUUGCAUGUUAAGGAGAACGUAUUGAAAUUGUUGUACGGUAAAGCACUGGAGAUGGCUUCGCUGUUGAACGAUGAGGCUGGCUGUAAAAUUGAGUGUCAGAAUGGUAAGGAGCUCGCUAAAAAGACAUCCACCGAUGACAUUGUCGAGGACGAAUCUAAACUUGACACGGAAAUGAAAACAAAAGUGCCCGUUAAGACUUACAGCAAUACGAGGAAGAACGUGAAGUUUGAGGACAACAAAAUUGGGUCCCCGAAGUUCGGGUCGCCCGCGUCGCUGACGUCAUUCAAUGAUUCGUACCGGCACUUCGUCGAGGACACCCUGGGCGCGGUCGACGAGAAAAUUAAAAAGAAAAAAAUGAUCGUUAAAACCAGAAUAGGGCAGUUCAAGCCCACCUCACCGACAAACGACAGGGCGACAAUAAAAAAAUCGCCCAAGUCUUCAACCAAAGUUAAAAGUAGCCUAAGAUUGAAACGCGACUUCGAAUACGAAGUCAUAGAAAGGGACAAAGAAUGCAACAUUAUGGUUAUAAAAAUUUAAGAAAAAAAAAAAAACAAUAAAAAGCAACUUUUCGUUGUUGUAAAUCAAAUUUAAAUUACGCAUCGACUGAAAAGAAUUAAGUUUUUAAAAACGUCUAUAAAUUUUGUACAAUAAAUCUAUUUUUAUUUUAUUUUUA